GCACGUUUGCAAAAUAAGCGGGCAGUGCCGGGCACAGGGAAUGUGAACUCUGAAGCUGAUUUUAUUGUUACAACUUAUAACCUAGCGUUUCAGCGGUUAAAUAUCAUGUCGGUACUGAGGCCCCUAAGUAAAUUACCCGACAUAAAUGCAGCGAGUGUCCUGCUGGUGGAGAAUGAAGAGGACUUCCAGCAGAAAUUGGCAGGCGUAAUGGUGAAGGAAAAAUCCGUUAUGGUCAAAGUGAGGCUGGCUAAGAGCCUGCCACUGCCCGCCAAAAACGAGCCAAACCGUCCGAGGAUAGACCUGGUCGUCUUCCUCAUCAACCUCAUGUCAGAGCUCAGUUUGCAGUCGGCUGAAGCCUCUCUGAAGCACUUGGGCCAAGGCUAUUUUCUGGGGAAGGUUUGCUUCAUGGUCACGAACGCGCGUCACGCAGCCUUACCGGCAGAGCGCAUGGUGGCCGUCAGGAAGCUGGCGUCGGGUCUCCGCUGUCCUCUUCUGUAUGCAGAAGAUCAGACACCAGAUGGCGUCACCAACGCGGCAGAGAGGCUGCUGGUGAUCCUCAGGGUGGCGGCAGGGUGCGUUCCCAUGACGACAGCGCUGUUCCUGUCCAAUCUGACCAGCUGCAUCGUCCCCACGGAGGAGGAGGAGCAGCAGAACUUGGAUUUCGACGCCUGAACCCACCCUCCAUCUUCAGGUGUGCUAUCGUUGUCUCUUCAGCAUCAGGCCUCCACUCAAGGCUGCUGAGGAGGUCCGAGCACCACCUCUCAUUGGGAUUCAGGACGGCUCCAUAGGACUCCUGCCAACAUAGUGUGUGUGUGUGUGUGUGUGUGUGUGUGUGUGUGUGUGUGUGUGUGUGUGUGUGUGUGUGUGUGUGUGUGUGUGUGUGUGUGUGUGUGUGUGUGUGUGUGUGUGUGUCGGGUCAACAAUACACAAUUGCACCUCAAAAUGUAGACAUUAAAAGUCGUCUUAUUGAACAUGAGAUUGACAUCACAGGGUUUGUUGUUUCCCAAAAUAAAAGCACCAUGACUUGUUAA